AGUAGGUGCAUUUUAAAUGUUUUUGUUUUUUACAAUAUUAUAUUUUAAUUACAGUAAUUUUAAAGUAAGUCUACAAUGGUAUAUACACACAGACACACUGCUUUACCCCAAAUGUUAUUAUUUGUUCAUAUUUUUCAAUUUUUAUUUUACAUUAUCGUAGGACGAACGCUACCGAUUCCGGUAUACUGCCGGGUGUGUGGUGAUAAGUCGUUUGGAAAACACUACGGCGUUUACUGUUGUGAUGGUUGCUCUUGUUUCUUCAAGCGGAGUGUCAGGCGGAGGAUUGUAUACACGUGUAUUGCCGGCACGGGUCAGUGUAUUGUGGACAAGGCGAGAAGAAAUUGGUGCCCGUUUUGUAGACUCCAAAAGUGUAUGAAGGUCAACAUGAACGUUUCUGCCGUCCAAGACGAACGAGGGCCAAGAAAGUCCAAGUUGCCUAAAAUAACUGAAAGUAACACCCUAGUGCCAAAAAACUGGAAGACAAGAAGCGAUUACGUGUACGAAAUUGGCGCCCAAAUAUUUUUAACGAGUCUCAGGCAGUGUAGAUUCAACGAAUCUAUGGCUAUAUUACCAAACGCUGUCCAAAAUGAAAUACUCAAUAGGACGUGGCAUCAAUCGUUCGUGCUAAUGGCGGCGUUUUGGCCGACAAACCUCAUAACACUAUUAUCUGGAUCCAACUCAAGUAUCGAACACAUAGUCGCCACGUUGAUCGCCAGUCACCGGGCUAUGAGACUCGAUUCGAUCGAAUACAAUUUAGUGCUUACCCUCGUCCUGUGCCGACCUGAUCUAUGCAGUUCAGCCGAGUUCAGGAACGACUUGACCGCCAUCGGAUCAAACGCCAAGGACGCUCUGAUGAAACACGCUGCGUUCAAGUCACCGACCAGAUACUAUGGAAUAUUAGCCUGUAUACUUUCCGUCACCGAAGACCUGGCGGGAUACAUAAAAAUAAUUUUUUUCGAACCUUCCGUUAGAAAUGUACCGAUGAACCAUCUUGUAUCAGUCAUUACUUAGACGCUUCACAAUUUACUUAUUUUCUAGUCAGCUUCUACAGUAUUACACAAAAAAAUUAUCGAUACACAUAUUAUAUUAUACUCGUAGUAUUUAACUAUUUAAUUUGUUUAAUGUUUACGAAACAUUAGUAAACGCUCAACGUGUAAAUAGAUAACCAAUAUACUAUAUAAUAAUAACAUCAUAGUGGAACCUUGUUUUUUCUUAGAUUUUUAAAAACUGAUCAAAUCACUUUGUGUUUGUAACACGUUUGUAUUAUAGUAAAAUACCGCAGGUCGAUUAUAGAAGUUGCUUCUAUUUCUGUAGUUAUUAUAUAGUAUUACCCAAAAAAUUAAUUUGAUAAAGAAUACUAUAAAACAAUUUUUUUCUCCCGAAUAACCGACAGCAGGGAAGACUCUGUAGUGAAAUGAUUCUUCUCUGUUGCCAUCGCUAUAAUACAGCUGACAAAACAAGGAAAUAAAUCCGAUAACAUUUACGAGUUUGUAUUUAGUGGUAAUUUACGCUGUGGUACAGACAGUACAGUUACAAAAAUGAUCCAUGAUUCAAUAACGACCAAUAAAUAUUGAUAGUUUUUUUUGAAAAAUAUAUACACAACUGUGUGAUUUUUAAGGUUCAAAACUUCA